AUGUCAUCACCGAAACUGUCGAUCCGACUUGUAGCCGUUUGUCAAAAAGAACAAAUAAAUUCAUUCGAUAAACGGCAAAUUCCAAUCAAUAUCGAUGAGAAUCUUGUUAUGAAACUUCAAAUUGACGAUUUGUGUCUUCAAUAUGAUCAGCAAUCGUGGAAGAACGCAACUAAAACCUAUUCAACAUUUCUUCAAGAAUAUCAAAAACUAACUCAGGAAGAAUUACAUGGAGCUCUGUGUGUAUCGAUAGGUCAAAUCAAAGAGUACAUUCGACAUUGUGUGCCAUGUGUUGGCUGUCGAACGAGUAUUGAAAAUUUUAUCAAAUCGUUGAUCGAACACCACCAUCCAGGACUCGAACCUCUUCAUAUCAAUGACCAAGGAUUAAUCACAAUCAAAAGCACGUACACAUCGGAUUCGAAGAAUAUCUAUACGCUAUUUCAUGUUCACGGAUCGAAAUUGAAGUCAAUCGUUGAAAACAUUCCGAAAUCCAAGAAGAAUCGUCGAUGUAAUAUACAUCUAUUAGAUAAAGCUCGAUCAAUCAAUGAUUGGGAGAUUGUUUGGGAUACGAUGAAUGAUGAAUGUCGAGAAGAAAUUACUCUAGUCGAAACUGAGUGUUUACUUGGCAUAUUAGAAAACUAUUUAUGUAAACACAAGUUUUGUAUGGAAUGCAAAUUGAAAGUCUUAGAAGCUUAUGAUCUCUUGAUGGGUGAUGUUGAUUAUCGGCAAAAGGAGAAAAAAGGAUUUUGUCCCGCCCUGUAUGAAGGUUUACGACCGUGCGCUAACGAGAAACAUAUUCAUGUCGAUCCAAAGAGAGACUUGCUUAGUCAUUUAAUAUCCCGUGCUCAAUCAGAAAUUCACGAUAGUUUGCGUGAACGUCAUGCGAAAACUUUAGACAUCGCUCAAGAAGAAAUCCUGACAUGUAUUGGAAUCUAUCUAUUCGAACGUUUCGACAAAAUUUAUCGAGCAUUACGUUCCGAGGAACAGACAUGGCAAUUGUUGUUUUAUAUUACAAUCGACUGUCUGAGAUUAAAUUUUGAAAAGGCUGUUGAUCGGACACAGGAUUUACAGACAACAUUGAAAAAUCUGUGUGAAGAAUUGUGUGAAACUGAAGAAAUUAAAACACAAAAGAAACAAUCGAAGCAUUCGAAACGAAAAUCUCGACGCGAGAACAAAACUGAUCAACACAAGUCUCAUGAACAGAAAGUCGAACUCGAGCCAACCGACUGCUACUGUUCCUGUACAUGUCAUAAGUGCCUUCAACGAUCAAAUUCCUUUUUAAUGGCAUCGACAGAUAUACCAUCGAUACCAUUAGGAAAAUCUCAGUCAUGUCUAUUAUCGUUGCUCCGGACGCCCGAAGCGAGUGCAAAGUCAGAACCUGUGAAUACUCCUGAACAAAACCUAUCGAUGUCAAGCUCGUUAGAACCAGUUUUUUCAUCGAUUUCAACAAGAGGAUGUGUUUGUAAUAAAAAACUUGCUAAUGCUUUGUGUGAUGAAAUUCCAAUCUUGGUAUGUAGCCGCUGUACGAGUGUACGAACUGAUCUUGGAUAUUCUUCCGAUACGUCCAAAGAAACAACUUCAGAUUUCAACGAUCGGGUUGGCUCUUCUAUUUUAGGACAAGACGAUGCGUUUUCACUAAGUCCGUACGAAAAAGAUGAUAGUGAUACGUCGACUUCAUCUGACCAUUCCAUUCUGUCGAGUAGUUCAAGCAGUGACACUUUGUCAAAUCAUGAAAAGCUAAUUGAACUAUGUGAUACAAAUCGAACAUGUAAAUUAAAAUUACAAUUAUGUGAUGAACAUCCAUUUUUUCAUAUGGAUUUGAAAGAAACUUGGGAUGACAUUUCUCAAUCGAAUAUUGAGAAUGAAGUCUAUAUAUCCGAUGUUGAUCUUUCUCAAUUCUUCUUACUCAAUCCAAACUUCGAUAGUAAACGUAGACAACUAGGCGAAGUAUUGGAGAACAAUUUCCAGCGCUGGAGACAAUGUUCAGCAUAUAAAAAUUGA